GAAGGUGUCCUCCGGAAACACCCGUUCGUUUCAUUUCCUCAGGCUCUAGGAAGCGCCUUAGUCUUCCCCGUCGCUAAGAGAUGGGUAACAGGAAGCGGAAGUCACUUCCAGGCUACUUCCGGAAGAGACUGUCAUGGCCGCCCAGGAGGACGUAGCGGCGUUACAGGAUGAAAUUGCCCGGCGCGAGGAAGAGCUGGCUUCGCUGAAGCGGAGGCUGACUGCAGCCCUGGCGUCUGCGCCGGAGCCCGAGCUUCCGGUCCCGUUGCCGCCGCUGCUGCCCAAGGCCGAGCUGUCGCGGGCCGAGAUCCUCCGCUACAGCCGGCAGCUGCUGCUGCCGGAGCUGGGCGUGCGCGGUCAGCUGCGCCUGGCGUCGGCUUCGGUGCUGGUGGUGGGCUGCGGCGGGCUGGGCUGCCCGCUGGCGCAGUACCUGGCGGCGGCCGGCGUGGGCCGCCUGGGGCUCGUGGACCACGACGUGGUGGAGACGAGCAACCUGGCGCGCCAGGUGCUGCACGAUGAGGCGCGGGCCGGCCAGGCCAAGGCUCGCUCGGCGGCCGCCGCGCUGCGCCGCCUCAACCCGGCCGUGGAGUGCGUGGUGUACGCGCGCGCGCUCAGCGAGGCCUGGGCGCUCGAGCUGGUCCGCGCCUACGACGUGGUGGCCGACUGCUCGGACAACGUGCCCACGCGCUACCUGGUGAACGACGCGUGCGUGCUGGCCGGCCGGCCGCUGGUGUCGGCCAGCGCGCUGCGCUUCGAGGGCCAGCUGACCGUCUACCACUGCGACGGCGGGCCCUGCUACCGCUGCGUCUUCCCGCGGCCGCCCCCGGCCGAGACGGUGACCAACUGCGCCGACGGCGGCGUCCUCGGCGUGGUGCCCGGCGUGCUGGGCUGCGUGCAGGCGCUCGAGGUGCUCAAGAUCGCCGCCGGGCUCGGGCCAUCCUACAGCGGCAGCCUGCUGCUCUUCGACGGCCUCGGCGGCCACUUCCGCCAAAUCCGGCUGCGGCGUCGCCGGCCCGACUGCGCCGUGUGCGGGCAGCAGCCCACCGUGACCCGCCUGCAGGACUACGAGGCCUUCUGCGGCUCCUCGGCCACCGACAAGUGCCGGGUCUUGAAGCUCCUGGGCCCCGAGGAACGGAUUUCCGUGACCGAUUACAAGCGGCUUCUGGAUUCCGGAGCACCCCACGUGUUGCUGGACGUCCGGCCUCAAGUGGAGGUGGACAUCUGUCGUCUGCCGCACGCCCUCCACAUCCCUUUGAAUAAGCUGGACCAGAGGGAUGCCGACAGCCUGAAGCUCUUAGGGGAUGCCCUCCGGGAAGGGAAGCGGAACUCGGAGGAAGGGGCUGCUCUCUCUGUGUAUGUGAUUUGCAAACUGGGGAACGACUCCCAAAAAGCCGUGAGGGUCCUGCAGACCUUAAAGGCAGUGCCAGAGCUAGACUCUUUAACCGUUCAGGAUAUUGUAGGGGGACUCAUGGCCUGGGCCGCCAAAAUUGAUGAGUCGUUUCCACGGUACUGAGGGAGCCGCGUGCAGAUCACAUGGAUGGUUGUGGUACCUCGAGGAUGUAGGGAAGAGCCAGGAUCCACGGCCUCUGAACAAAUAGACUCUUGCCAGGAGGUUUUUGAGGAAGCAGGCUAAAAUUGUUUGAGAGCUGCCUUGUGUCUGGGGCCCUUGUAUAGUGUGCCUUCAGCAUAUAGCAUGGGAUGUGACCGGGUUUUUGUUUCUGCUCUGUUGCAAUCACAAUGCGCUCUGGACCAUCCAUUUUAUACCUGGAAUUAGGACGCAGUUUUACUUCCUCUGAGUCUAAUUGGAUUACUCACAGAUGUUACACUUGCAUUCAGCCCACUAAGAUAUUCUUUGGGAGGCUGGAGAAGUGACUUAGUACUGGCUGCCCCCUCCCAUAGGGGAUCACUCGUGUGCUGGGUCACAACUGUCUGUAGCUCCAGUCCCAUGAGGUCAGAUGUCUCCUUCCCUCUUCCAGCACCAGGCAGGAUCUUGGUGCAUAGGCAGGCAUACACGCAGGCAAAACCACUCAUAACGUUUUAAAAUCAAAAAAAAAGUUUGAAAAAGAUAUUUGAGUCUUCUAAUUAAAAUGAUACGAUAUACACUGUAGACAUAGAUAACUACGGAUUGUUUCCAUUAUCUGGAAAUUGGUCAUUCUAAAACCUGCUAUGAGUAUCAAAGUGCAAUCUUGAUAGCAAAAUAAAGGAAACUGAUUUGUGGACCAUCAGCUUCCCUUAGAAGUUGCUAGCAUUUUUCUUAUACUUAGCUUCUGUGUCCACCUUAAUGGCAUACACAUGAGACAUUUGCUUAACUGCAUUGUGGUUGUCCUGCUUUGGAAUCUUCUAGUCCAAGUUCCAGCCUUUUUUUCCUACCCCUUUUUCUGCUUUAAUUUGGAAUUUAUAUGUAGGUGUUUUUAUGUUUGUUUCCAGGAUAAACAGUUUCACUACGCCUGUUGGUGCAGGUCAGUCUGCCCAGCUACUCUAGAGGCUGCAGCAGGAGGAUCACAAGUUCAAGGCCUAUCUGAGUGUGUCCAAGGUCAGCCUGGGCAACUUAGUGAGACCUGUCUCAAAAUAAAAAGUAAAAAGGGGGUAAGAGUCAGUGGUAGCAGGCCGAAGAGUUUGGGCUUCAUUUCCAGUACCACAAAUUGGAUGAGCUGGCAGACAGUCCACACUACUUCCAGCGUGUAU